AGCUGUGGUUCAACCGGGCUCCACCCGCGGGUCCUGUCUCCUUUGUCCAGGGCGUUGGGAGACCUGGGCCCGGAGUGAGCGCGCUGCGCGGAGAACACUGGACUGGGAGCGAGCAGCCGUCUCCAAACCCAGAGACGGGGCGCAGGAGCAGAUUCGGAACCAGGCACUGUCAGCCCCUUUCCUUCGGAGGAGAAGCCGGGAACCUCCUCAUUUUGCUUCAGGAAAACUACGCUGAGUCAACUUUCGCCCCCGUCUCCUGAUUGGGGGAGACGGGCGACCCGCCCAGGAUCGGACCUCGGCCCGGCGUUCCGUCCUGGCACCGCCGGUCCUCCCCUCUGAGGCUGAUUGGCUCUGGGAUGUGGCCAGGAGCCUCCUCCUGCGCUUAAAGGAGUCAGCUCCCUGAGCCGUGGUUUUUGUUUUGUUUUUCCUCUUCCGAGGGAUGGCGCUUACCAUCUUCAUCCUGCAGCUGGCCGUCCGCAUCCUGGCAUUCCCCUUGUACCUGCUGAACUUCCUGGGCCUGUGGAACGGGAUAUGCAAAAAGUGUUUCUUCCCCUUCUUCUUGGUGAGGUUCACCGCAACGUACAACAAGCAGAUGGCGAGCCGGAAGCGGGAGCUCUUCGGCAGCCUGCAGGAGCACUCGAGCCCCUCGGGGGAGCUCUGCCUGCUGGAGCUGGGCUGUGGCACCGGGGCCAACUUCCAGUUCUAUCCGCCCGGAUGCAGGGUGACCUGUGUAGACCCCAACCCCAACUUUGAGAAGUUCUUGAUCAAGAGCAUCGCUGAGAACCGACACGUGCAGUUUGAGCGCUUCGUGGUGGCCGCGGGGGAGAACAUGCACCCGGUGGCCGAUGGCUCCAUGGACGUGGUGGUCUGCACCCUGGUCCUGUGCUCCGUGGAGAACCAGGAGCGCAUCCUCCAGGAGGUGCGCAGAGUGCUGAGGCCGGGAGGGGCUUUUUAUUUCCUGGAGCAUGUAGCAGCUGAGCAUUCAACCUGGAGUUACUUCUGGCAGCAGGUCCUGGAUCCUGUCUGGUACCUGCUGUUUGAUGGGUGCAACCUGACCAGAGAGAGCUGGAAGGCGGUGGAGCAGGCCGGCUUCUCCAAGCUACAGCUGCAGCGCAUGCAAGCCCCGCUGUCUGUGGCGCUGGUGCGCCCUCACAUCUAUGGAUAUGCUGUGAAAUAGCGCCAGUGGGGAGCGGAGAGCUGAAUGAAUGGCUCAGAUAACCUAAGGCUUCCGUUUUACACUUAAAUACUAAUUGGUAAAAGAGAAACCCUUUUUUAGGUAAAGCUGAAUUUCAUCCUAAAAAGUUUACCUUUUACCCUAUUUAGCCAUUUCCUAUCGUCUCCCAAAGAAUCCAUCCAUGUUAGGUUGCAUCGCUGUUUUCUAGUUUUGUUAGGCUGCACUUGGAUUGAGUUUACUUCUGUGUUGUUUUCUCGUAUAACACCAUCAUUUGUAAAUAUGUAUAUCUAUGAGCACUUUUUUUAAGUGCUGUUUGUUCUCCCAUCAUUGUAUUCCCAAUGCCUGGUAUAUAAUAAGUGCUUAAGAGAUAUUUGUUGAAUAAAUUAGCUAAACUAAACAAAACAAAUACAAAAUAGCUUUGCACUCUCCUUUAAAGGGAAACAAUGCGCCCAGUCAAUGAGACUCAGUGAUUGAGUGUUGACCUAGGAACCAGGAGGUCAUGGUUAGAUUCCGGUCAGGGCACAUGCCCAGGUUAUGGGCUUGGUCCCCUGUGGAGGGCAUACAGGAGGCAUGAUUCUCUCUCUCAUUGAUGUUUUUGUCUCUCCCUCCCUAUCCCUUCUUCUCUAAAGUCAAUAGAAAUAUAUUUUUUAAAUAUAUUUUAAAAAACAAUGAGCUUUCAUAAUUAAAGUCUACCAUUAUCCACAAAUCUUAGUUUAUUCAGUAACUUCAACUAUCUUAUUUAAGUUGUUACCCAACAGAUUUGGAUUUCACCCCCUCUUUGAUUUGAGAGCUUGGUGAACUAAGUAGUUAAAUCACUCAAAAGAAAACUUUGAGAAAGGGGAAAUGAAAUAUCUUAAUGACUCGCAAACUGAAUAAAGAAAGACUAGUUAAAAAUUACACUUGACACUUUAGUAUUUUCAUGAAACUGUCUGAGGCAGUUAAGGGUCUUGGGUUCCUUUUCCUUAUUAUCUAGCAUAUACUUUCCUGAAUGCAGUCAGUUUCAAGCAAGGACAAGGCCCACUGUUACUAGGAAAACCUUGUAUAAUUAGGUCCACUUUGUAAGAGCCCCUAAAAAGCAGACAACUUGUGGGUGUGUAAGAAGUGGGCAAGGAUUUAUUUGUUGGAUUAUUCUGAUCAAACUUCCACCCAUCCCAAGAUGAUUUCUUUGUUCCUGGCAACCACCAAAGCCUCUGAAAAUCAUCACAAGUGCUGGGCUGAUCAGUCAGAGGGUUUAAGAGUAGAAUCUUCAGAAAUAGUUUGCAUGUAUUUUAAUAAAUUUAGUAUAUUUUCUGAGAUGAUUUUGCAAAAGGCCUAUUUUAAAUAGCAAGUCAAUAAAUUCAGAUGCAUUUUAGGAAUGGAAAUAAAAUAAAUCGUUUAUAUGCUAA